AUGUCGCUAUCAAACGAAGACCUGCUCGGGUUGCAGGGCCCUGAGGUGCCCGAGAUCCCCAAGAAACGGCGCACAAUGCACAAGCUCACCGACGAGCUGCUCCUGGGCCCGCGCGGGCUGCCUGCGCUCCACCGCGCACUCAAAAAGUACAAGUUCCACCACGCCAAGCGACCUGCCCAACGACGCGACAACUACACCAACUCCCACCAUUUCGACAACCUCACGCGUUUGCUACACGUCUACCAGGUGUGGGGGCACGACGUGUACCCGCAGUACAAGUUCAAGGACUUCAUUCCGGUGCUGAGUCGCGCCAUGGGCACGAGCCAGAUGAGAACAUACAAGCGGGCACUCAUGGUGGGGGAACCAUUUGAGCCGAUCCAGGUUGAGGCACAGACACACGAAACCGACGUGGACAUACCCCCACCUACUCCUUCCGAGUCUGCCCCCAAACCUGUUGACGACGAUCCGGGUCUGUUCCUGUCGGACGACGAGUUGUACACCCCUGCGGGCAAGCAGCCGUCGGACCAGCCUGCGGCGGCCAACGACGACGAAGACGUGCUCUCCGACGAGAUGGAGCUCGCAAGAGAGUUUGGGUUCUGA